GCGGAAGUACAUACUCAGGCGGGGGCCAGGCUUGCAACACAAAGGCUUAAUGAUGAAUAUACAUGAAGAUAAUUAAUACAUAUUUGUUUCUUAAACCAGUGACCAUGAAGACUUUAGUGUGUCUCUUUCUCCUACUGGUGCCCUGUGUCUCAAGUACCGUGAGGCUGUCUGGAGGCAGCUCCUGCUCUGGCAGGGUGGAGGUCUAUUACUCCGGGCAGUGGGGAACCGUGUGCGAUGAUAGCUGGGACAUAAACGAUGCCACGGUGGUGUGUAGAGAGGUUGGCUGUGGAGAGGCAACUGGAGCCCCGGCGUCGGCACACUUUGGGCAAGGGUCAGGGACCAUUUGGCUAGACGAAGUGAGGUGCACAGGCACAGAGCCGUCACUGAGUAGCUGCAGUUCAAAUGCCUGGGGAGAGGAAAACUGCGGUCAUCAGGAAGAUGCAAGCGUCAUUUGUGAUUUGCCACCACCAGUAACUCUUCAGGCUGUGGUGAGGGUAUCCAUCAUAAUGGAUGCAGGUGUGGACUCAAAGAGCCCCAUUAUUCAACAAGCCAUCUUGGAUGAGAUAAGAAACCAGCUUGUCAAGAAUGGGAACUACAGCCUCAAGUGGAGGAAAUUUCUUCACAGAGAAACUACUUGGACAGGGAAAUAA